AUGACUGACCCACAACCUAGCAUGCCGGAUGCGUUUGACGCCGCCCAGGCAAAAGCCUUUACCGCUCCUGGCUCGUUAUCGUUUCCUGAUGCAAUAAACGAGCUCACGCCUCCUUUAAUAAACAGCGAUAGCAGCCAGGGAAUGGCUCCCAACAUUCGACAGGCUGGAAACGGGGUGACUCCUGCAACUCCCGCCGCAACGCCUACAGACUCUCAAGACCCUAGUACCAUUAUACCUACUCUGCACAAUAUCGUGGCUACCUUUAAUCUCAACUGUCGAUUAGACUUAAAGACCAUUGCUUUAUACGCAAGAAACGCUGAAUAUAACCCAAAGCGUUUUACCGCUGUUAUUAUGCGUAUUCAUGAGCCUAAGACAACUGCCCUUAUUUUUGCAUCCGGCAAGAUAAUUGUUGUUGGUGCUAAGUCUGAAGAGGAUUCCAAGCUGGCCUCUCGCAAAUAUGCCCGUAUUAUCCAAAAGCUCGGCUUUAACGCUACGUUCACGGACUUCAAGAUACAGAAUAUUGUCGGCUCCUGCAAUAUUAAAUUCCCGAUCCGUCUUGAAGGUCUUGCUUCUCGCCAUCAUAGGUUUAGCUCCUACGAGCCUGAGUUAUUCCCCGGUCUAAUUUACCGCAUGAUCAAGCCCAAAAUUUCAUUGCUUAUUUUUGUAUCUGGCAAGAUUGUCUUAACAGGUGCUAAAGUAAAAGAAGAGAUUUACCAGGCCUUUAAGAUAAUUUAUCCUGUGCUUCAAGAUUUCCGGAAAGUCUAAAUGCACUUUUGUGUAUAGUA